AUGUUCGGUUUGGUUCAUGCUGCUCACGCAGCAUGCGGGGAACGCAAGAAUCAGCGGUCAAUUACACGCGAGUGCGCGCACAUCUCUGGUUAUGGUCAGUGCAAACACAGCGGUCGAAAUGCAAUCUGGUUUGAUGAGGCGUUAAAAUAUGGUCGUAGUGAGCCAACCGACACUUUCGACAAUCCCGUACUUAGUGCCACUUUGCCGGCGUUCCGACUGGCCUCAUUGUCGUCAACACAAAGCGAAAUUCUCGUCGAUGAGAAAGAGUCGGAAUCCAGACCGCGCUCGAAAACUGAUCCUGGAUCACCAACUGUCCCCGGGGUGAACAGUGUUCCUUUCCUUAUUGAUUGCUUAGAAGUUUGGGAGUUAGUCAGUUGA